AGCCAAUCAGAAGCGAGUGAUAGUGACGGAUGGGAACGGAACGUUCCCGAAGAGCCAAUGAGGAGGACGGAGGCCCUGACGGAGGGGUGGAGGGGAGAUGCGAGUCCCGCCUUUCCCUUCAGGGACGAAAAUGGGGUAUUCCUUCCCCCCCUUCACCGAGGAGGCGAGCCGUCGACGUUCGACGCCGCCCAGAGGCGGAUAAUGUUAUAGGUCGCGAAAGGGAAGGGAACGGAGCGCGCCGCGGAGGGAACGUAACAUGACGUACGCCGGCCCAGGAGGAGACCUUCCCCCCCAGAUGCUGUCCGAGAUGAGGGAGACGAACCAAGUACUGCGAGAAAUCACGGAACUGCUCAGCCAACAGAUCAAAGAGAUCACUUUCCUGAAGAACACAGUGAUGGAGUGUGACGCCUGUGGGAUGAGCACGGGAGCCACCGGCCACCCGAUCAGUGUGACCCCUCUGAACCGAUGUUACCCCACCAACCCUUGUUUCCCCGGGGUCACCUGCACGGAUACCCCCACCGGCUUCCGCUGCGGGGCCUGCCCUCUGGGCUACACAGGCAACGGGACCCACUGCACCGACAUUAACGAGUGCACAGCUAACCCCUGCUUCCCCCGGGUCCAGUGCGUCAACACGGCUCCUGGCUUCCGGUGCGACCCCUGCCCUCCCGGGUACACUGGCCCAGGGCACGAGGGCGUUGGGCUGGCCUUUGCCCGGGCGCACAAGCAGGUCUGCAGCGACAUCAACGAAUGUGAAUCCGGAAGGGGCACCACCUGCGUCCCCAACUCGAUCUGCAUCAACACCCGGGGCUCUUACAAAUGUGGGGCGUGCAAGCCUGGCUUCACGGGGGACCAGGUCUCCGGCUGCCGGAGAAAGACGGAGCGGCGCUGUCCCAACGGGGAACUCAGCCCCUGCCACGAGAAAGCAGAGUGCAUCGUCGAGCGCGACGGGACGCUCGCCUGCGUGUGCAUCGUUGGCUGGGCAGGAAAUGGGUACAUCUGCGGGAAGGAUACCGACAUCGAUGGCUUUCCGGACGAGAAACUGCGAUGCACCGACAGAAAAUGUCGGAAGGACAACUGCGUAACCGUGCCGAAUUCCGGGCAGGAGGACGCCGACCGUGAUGGAAUCGGGGACGCCUGCGACGAUGAUGCCGACGGGGAUGGGAUCACCAACACUGAGGACAACUGCGUGUUCGUUCGCAACACGGACCAGCGCAACGCUGACCAGGACAGCUUCGGGGACGCCUGUGACAACUGCCGCAAUGUGAAGAACAAUGACCAGCGAGACAGCGACGGGGACGGGCGCGGAGACCUGUGUGACGAUGACAUGGACGGCGAUAAGGUGAAGAACGUGGUAGACAACUGCGUGAGGAUUCCCAACCCAGACCAGAGGGACAGCGAUGGUGACGGAGUGGGGGAUGUCUGUGACAGCUGCCCGCUGAUCAGUAACCCAGACCAGAAAGACACCGAUCACGAUCUCGUGGGGGACCCUUGCGACACGAAUCAGGACCGAGAUGGGGACGGCCACCAGGACUCGCGAGACAACUGCCCCUCAGUGCCCAACAGCUCCCAGCUGGAUUCAGACCGGGACGGCAUUGGGGAUGAGUGCGAUGAGGAUGAUGACAAUGAUGGGAUCCCCGAUUUUAAGCCUCCGGGCCCGGACAACUGCCGCCUGGUCCCCAACCCCGGGCAGCAGGACUCUGACCGAGACGGGAUCGGGGACUCCUGCGAGGACGAUUUCGACAAAGACCAAGUGAUCGACCGGAUCGACGUGUGCCCUGAGAAUGCAGAGGUGACCUUGACAGAUUUCCGGGCUUUCCAGACGGUGGUGCUGGAUCCCGAAGGCGACGCGCAGAUUGAUCCCAACUGGAUCGUGCUCAACCAGGGCAUGGAAAUCGUCCAGACCAUGAACAGCGAUCCAGGCUUGGCUGUCGGGUACACCGCCUUCAAUGGGGUGGACUUUGAGGGCACGUUCCACGUGAACACCGCCACGGACGACGACUACGCCGGCUUCAUCUUCGGCUACCAGGACAGCGCGAGCUUCUACGUGGUCAUGUGGAAGCAGAUGGAGCAAACGUACUGGCAGGCAAACCCUUUCCGGGCAGUGGCUGAACCUGGGAUUCAGCUCAAGGCGGUGAAGUCCAAGACAGGCCCCGGGGAAUACCUGCGCAACUCCCUCUGGCACACGGGUGACACCCCCGACCAGGUGAAACUGCUUUGGAAGGACCCACGGAACGUUGGCUGGAAAGACAAGACCUCCUACCGCUGGUUCCUACAGCACCGGCCGCAGGUCGGCUACAUCCGAGCGCGUUUCUACGAGGGUCCUGAGUUGGUGGCCGACACAGGUGUAGUCCUGGACACCACCAUGCGGGGCGGCCGCCUGGGCGUCUUCUGCUUCUCCCAGGAGAACAUCAUUUGGUCCAACCUGCGGUAUCGCUGCAAUGACACAAUCCCUGAAGACUACGAGUCGUACCGCCACCAGCGGGACUACUGAACACCUCCCCCCCAUGGCCGCUUCGCCUGCCGGCCCUUCUUGCGUCCAGCCCCGCUUUUCCGCUCUGUCGCACUCUUUCUGAUGAGGAAUGGCCCCACCGCUGCCCCAAGCUUCGGCCCUUCCCCACCUCUCUCUGGCCCUCGGCAGCCCCACCCAGUUGACCCAGCUGGCCGGAGACGCCCCAAAGUCUGAGUCCCGGGGUCCUGCCGGACGAGGUACUGCCGACAUUGGGGCCCUGCAGGGGAGGCUAGCGGCCUGUGAGGACCCCCAACCCCUGGACCUGGAUGCCAGCAUGGGCCAUCCUCACGCUCAAAAAGAGAUCUCGUUUUGGGAGCCUCAGCCCAGGCCAGGUCUGUUUUAUCAUAGGACUCCUAUAUCCGUGGGAUCGGUAUCCACAGAUCCUCUUUAUCAAAGAAUCUCUUAUUAUAUAUUUCUAAAGAUGACAGUGACCAGAACUGGCCACUCAAGGAAACCUGAGACCAUGCCAUGUAGAGCAUUUGCUAAUCCGCAUUUUUCAGCAUCUGCAGGGGGCUUUGAGCCAACCAUACACACCCACCCCCGCGGAUACAGGGGUCCUGCUUUAAUUUAAUAAAAGACACGCAAGGACAGAACGCUGUUGGCAGAAGGUUGGGGAAACGGGGAGCAGUGAACCCUAAACAGCCAUCAUUUCGGGAACGAGAUCGAGCAGAAUAGAGAAUGCACUUUAAAAAAACCAGUAAUAAUAAAACCACAGAGAAAUUGGUUAAUAAAACUUUUGUCUUACUGA